AUGUCGAACUAUCACUGGAAGCAGACACUGGAUCUGCAGAUGCGACAGAUAAACGAGGAACGCUAUGCAUCUUCUGCUACAUUCAUCUACAACAACAUCCGCCAGGCGCUCAAGAUUCUCGCCAAGUACCCGCCUGAAGUUUGGGUUUUUAUGGAGGCCAAUGACAUCACCGAGGCUGCUUUCCCUAUCUGGCUACGUGCCGAGCUCAAGUUUCUCGUUACCGCUCAUGCCAACAAGGAACCGCAGGAGCAGGCAAAUCGUGUUAGCUAUGCAGAAGCGUUGCAUCGGUAUUGGGCUCAGCAAGACAAAGUCAGCGAAACAUUUGCAAAAAGCCAAGCCAAGCCGCGCAAUCACGACGUACGCAAAGCCAAGAAGGCAUUGCCCGCCCUGCAGAAGCAUCUCAAUGCGCUUCACGAACCAGUGCUGCAGUGGGAGAUGCUGCUGGACAUUCUGCCCAACGAUCGUUGGACCACGACGAGCGACGCCUACGUGGCGAUGGCGACGUAUAUGACGCGCAAGUCUUUCAUUUGUGCCGCGGAAACCCUACACGGUGCGGUCAUCUCUCGCCUCAUGGAGAUAUCGAAGCUGAACACCUCCGGACUUGGACACAAGCUACGUAACCACAUAUCGCAAGCCCUUGGGUGUCGCUCUCGUACUCUCCGCAACAACGUUGAUGCCUACAACAAGUUAGUGCUCAAGUACGGCGAGAAGGCCAUCAAGUACGAAGAUAUCAUCAAGAUGACCAACACCGCGGCAUUUGACCUCGUAGUCGCCGGGUCGCAGGACAUUCGGAAGGAGGCGUGGGCACGCGCAGGGUCACAUGAGGCUGCGGAUAAGUGGUGGAAGGUACAGGGUGCGAAACACGAGCUGGAACGGUGCUACGUUGAGGUACACCGCCUGCAGGCUUGGGUUGAUCACGAAGACCGCGCCAUGCUCGAUGCCGUUCGAGCCAGCUCCGAGACCAAUCCUGCUUUCGCACAUCAUCUUAAUGGUAAGAUCUACACCCUGCCAGGCCAUCGCGGCCCUCAACACCCUUCCAACGCAACACCUGCAAUUAAACGGUGCAUCACGCAACCAUUUACAGACAACCAGGAGGACUCGCGUGCAGGGACAAUCCGUCCAUACGCUCUACGGGCUGCAUCCCCCAGCGCCGGCAGCAGUGAUGCCGACGAGGACGAGGACGAGGGCUCGGGCAGUGAUGCCGAUGACGAGGAUCAGUUUGAGGGCAUUGCACCUCUAGGGGAGUGGCUCUCGAAUCAAUGUGAUAUCGUACGAGAGCCACUUCCAUAA